AUGUCGAGCAUACAGAAUUAUUCGCAUUGUUUCAUUCUUCCAUCCUCGAGAUAUUCAAGAUCAAUCUCUCUCUGCAUGGGUCACAAGACGGCUCACAACAGCAGCCAGAGAUUUCCUCCUCAGCUUGGUUUUCUCCGUAAGCUUAUAUUUUGCAUCAACAGCUCGAGGAGGUGGGUUCUUUCUACAUUUAGAAUUAAUUUGGCAAAUACUACAUAGAACAUUGGACAAGAAACUGAUUAAGAUCUCGUUGAAUCUAAUAGGCAUGCAAGGUGGUCGAUUAGAAGCAUGGCAGGUGACAGCAGUGAAGAUCCCACGAGAAGUGACUCUGAUGGUGGGCCUCGACUUGUUAGAGAGUUGCAGACUUUCCGAACGAAGCUAAGUGCUCGGUUUGAGAAACUGAAGAAGGACUGGCCCAUGAAGGUCUUCCUAUUCCUGGUUGGAUUUUACUGUGCCACUGCGUUUGCCACACUCAUAGGGCAGACUGGUGACUGGGACAUCCUUUCGGCGGGUCUCGCCGUGGUUGUUGUCGAGGGGAUUGGGGCAUUGAUGUACAGGAGUUCCUUCCCUUUGGUUGAGAAAAUCAGGAGGCUGAUCACCAUGUUUAAUUAUUGGAAGGCUGGGCUUUCCAUGGGGCUUUUCUUGGAUGCAUUUAAAUAUGAAAUAGAUAAGAUUUUGGAAUCAUGUGACCCCUUCAAUAUUGAUAUUGAUGCCUUUCCUAUAUUUUGGUAA